AUGUUCAGCUCCAUCGUUCACCAUCCUUGCGAGAUCUCGCUCCACCUGGUCUCGCAAGACAUCUUUGUCCAUCCUCCGCCCCCCAACACCGAAAUUCCCGGCGAUGACAAGACCCUUCGUGGCCUCGUCGAGAUCAAGUGCCCCAGCGAACGCCACAUCCAGGGCGUCCGAGUCGUCCUCCAGGGCGUUCAGACGCUCGCCAUUCCAGAGAAUGCUUCGGCCUCCGCCUCCUCCAUCCGAUGGGAGGAAAAGGUCAUCACGGAAAAGACGGUCGAGAUCAUGAACGACGGUACCCCUGGCGCCAUCAACGUCCGUCCCUCGCGCUCCAAGGGCAAGGAGAAGGAGAAACAGCCCAACUGCAACGUCUCUGAGGGCCUCCAUCUCGAAAAGGGCAUCCACGGCUUCGAGUUCGCCUUCAUCAUUCCUGCCUCCACCGCUCCCUUUGAGCGUAGCAAGCACGGUCGCGUUCGCUACAUCCUGACCGCCACCGCCCUUGGCGCCGGCCGUGCACGCAACAACAUCUCCACAUGGAAGGAGAUCUUCAUCAUUCUUCACGUCAACUCCGACGGCGGUCCCGCCCCCCUCGACAUCCAGUACCACGACGUUCACGAGGCGCUCGGCCCGCUUUCCGUCUCAUUGACCUCGGCGUCCCUGACCGUAGGAGGCACAGCCAAUCUGAAUCUCUACCAUCCCGAUCCACCCGCGGGACUCAACGUGCACGUCGUGCGCGUCUUCCUCGAGCAGACCUUCGAGCUCUACAGCGAGGUACGCAAGGGCUGGCUCAAGCUGCCCACCGAGAAGCUCCGACUGUGGGAGAAGGGCUAUAUGCCCUACAAGACCAAGCAGCACACCGAUGCCGUCGGUCCCGAAGACUCGAUCUGGAUCGGCGACAUGGAGCACGGCGCCGCUGGUCGCCCCGGUCGUGGUGCCGGAAACGGACCGGCCAACCUUUCCCCCUUUGGCCUGCCCCUAAACGGAUCGGCGUCGGCACCAGUGACACCCAUGGAACCCGCCACGCCCAUGCAUCUCGAGAAUGGUUACAGGAUCAAGUCGGUCGUGCGCCUGCCGGACGACAACAUCCUCCGUCCCAGCACCGUCCGAGGCUCGCGUGCCGAGAUCCGCGUGAGCCACGAGAUGGGCGCCGAGGUCUUUUUCUCGCGCAAGGACGUUCUGGACACGCGCGAAGACAGCGAUAGCUUUGGCAAGCCAAAGGUGCAGGUCUUUUCCAUGCGCAGGGCCACCACCAUCCCUUCGUGCUGCUGCACGUUUGACACCAUCCACCUGCCUCCCUACUCGCUCGAGUCGCCCUCCAGCUCCAGGCCUUCUUCGCCCACACCGCCGUCAUCGCUGCGCAACUCGCAUCCCGAGCUGGAACACUGGAAGCGCACCACCACGCUCAACAACCUGCUACCCGGCUCGCGAGGCAGCUCAGCUUUCAACUCGGCCGCCAACUCCCGAGCAGGCUCGCGUGCUGGCUCGCGCGACACCUCACCCACACGACACGGCUUUGCAUCGCACUUUGGCACCUCGGGACGAAAGAGCCGCAACUCGAGUCCGACUCGCAACAACCGCGGAAGGUCGGGUAACGGUUUAAGCAGCAUCGGGCUGCACGCGCUCACGCCUGCAUCGGCCGGCCACAUCGACCAAAACGGCAGCCACCGCAAUCACGGCUACUCGACGCCGCGCUCGCUGCCGGACAACGUGCCGUGGGCGGUCAGCUAUCUUCCGGAUCGAACGGGCACCUCGCACGACACGUGCAACUGCGGUCGCACCACCGAGGAGCUGACUGAAGCAGAGCAGCGUCUGCUCGAGGGCGUACCCACCGCUCCGGGCGCAUGGGUCGAGAAUACGGAUGCCAACGUGCCGCCGCCGCCGUGGGCGCCUCCGUCGCGCGCCAGCAGCCCGGUCUCGGGAUGGCAUUAUGGCCCUGGAUCGGCACGCGAGGGCUUCCGUCCGCGAGGCAAGCUCGCUGAACUCGAAACGCCGUAUGGCAGUCCAUCGGCAUAA